GGGAGCAAGAGCGGGCUGCAUUGGAGGGAGCAGGUGGAGAGACUGUCCCACCACACGCAUAGCGCCCGGCCCCUUUCCUGAUGCCCUGUGCUCACUGCUUGGUUCUACCACGCAGCCUCCGGCUUGGAUGUGCAGGCUGGCGUCUUCUGGGGAACUGCUGCCUUCGGUCCAGACAUCCCACCGAUGGCUCUGAUGUCCUUUGCUGCCCCCUCGACCUCCAGCCUGGGACUCUUGGCCUCUCUGCUGGGAGUGGGGAUGCUCACUUUCCUCCUGGCAGGCUGUGCCAGCCACUUGCCAGUCAUCUCAGUAUUUUCCCAUCACGUGUACCUGCCUCGCUGGGUCAUCGAGCCCUCUUAUCUGUGGAUAUUUCCCCAGCUUCACCAGUAUCCUUCAGGGCUGCUGUCUCUUCAGAUUUCUGGUCUUCACCCACCCUAUUCCUUGGCCACAUCCUAUUCAGACCUCGCUCUUGUCUGGUCCUACCGCUUUGGAAGCUUCGAGAAGGGUGGACAGCUUCACUUGGAAGUACAGACAGGGGUUGUCCGUAUUCAGUAGGAUACUGGCUGUGGUGGGAACAAUUUGGGAGCCAUGGGCUGUCGGCUGAUCCAUGGUCUCUCUGGAGCUGCAGUCUUCAUUGUCAGCAUGGCUCUCCUCUCUGUGCAGCACCGUGGGGCUCAAGAAACAGCUCAAUACCCAGGGCUCAGGGAGGGGAGUUUAGAGAAGACAGAGCAAUGGAGCAAAGUGAGCCCAGAGGGAGGUGGUGGCAGGGGGCAGAAGGACCUGCAAGUCCAUUCUCCAGAGGGAUACAGGACUGAGGGAAACCUUGAGGACAUUUUCAUAGCUGUGAAGACAACCAAGAGAUUUAACCAGAGCAGGAUGGAGCUGCUCCUGGACACAUGGAUAUCCCAGGCCAGAGAGCAGACCUAUGUCUUCACUGAUGAAGAAGACGAUGCCCUGAAAAGGAGAAUGGUUGACCACGGUAUCUUCACCAGCUGCUCUGCUGAGCACAGUCACCUAGCCCUCUUUUGCAAGAUGGCUGCCGAGUUUGAUGCCUUCCUGGCCAGUGGCUGGAGCUGGUUUUGCCGUUUGGAUGAUGACAACUACCUGAACCCUCGGGCCCUUCUGAACCUCUUGUCUUCUUACUCUGCAAUGUGGGACAUUUACCUGGGGAAACCCAGCCUGAACCGACCCAUCUGGGCCUCUGAAAUGCUGCCAAACAGCCAGAUGAAAUCUGUGCACUUCUGCUUUGCCACAGGAGGGGCUGGAUUCUGCAUCAGCCACAAGCUGGCAAGCAAGAUGGUGCCGUGGGCCAGUGGCAGGAACUUCCUGAGCACUUCAGAGCUCAUCCGCCUACCAGACGACUGCACCGUGGGUUACAUCAUUGAGUGCAAAGUCAGUGGGCAGCUGCUGCCCAAUCCACUCUUCCACUCCCACCUGGAAAACCUGCAGCUCAUUCCUGCCUCUCGGCUCACACAGCAAGUCACCCUCAGCUAUGGUAUCUUUGAGAACAAGCUCAAUGUUAUUGAACUCAGCGGCCCUUUCUCACCCCAAGAGGAUCCCUCAAGCAGGUUUUGAUCACUCCACUGCCAUCUCUAUCCUGACACCUCCUGGUGCCUGCAGGCUGUUGGCUGGUGAUGCUUGAGCCUCAGCUAACAGUGGGUCCUAGUGACAUCCAUUUACCUUGUGCAUGUAGGGGUGGGACACUGAAGAAGCUCGCUGUUCCCAAUUUCCCCUUUCCUAUGGUAGUCUUGGGGUUAUGGGAUGGCUUUUUUUGUCCUCACUGAAUACCAGUGACACAGGACAAAAGAUGAGAUCUGUAGGAAAGAUGGAUAACAUAGGAUUGACACAUGGAUGUGCUUCCCACCUGUUCUGGGAUGUGCGCAAGGGAUGGGAGCAGUAUGCCUUCCUGAGCAGAUCAAGGACUGGGUAGUGACUGCUGGGAAUCUGGAUAGAGUUGGGGACCUGCUGCUGCUGCCUGCUGUGGAUUCAUCUUGCUGGACUAGAAAGGCCCUGUGUAUGGGUAACCCAGUGCCCAGCUGAGAAGGCUGAUACUGUUCCAUGGCUCCAGCUUCUCUGAGCAGCCCCUCCUCCAUAUCUGCCUGUGCUUUCCUCACCACCCACUCUUUCCAGCCACAGGCCCUUGGCUGAGUCUCUGCAUAGUCAAGGUCUAUAGAAAUGGAAAAUGUGAUCAUUUCUGUGUUGAAUGAGUGCUGGAAAAGCACAAUCCUUGCUCAGCAGAGGGGAGGUGGGCAGGAAGUACAAAGGAUCAGGAAUUCCCCCCUCUGCCAGGACAAAGGAGAGGGUGUGGGGGAGCCAGGAGGAGACAGAGUCUGAGAUGAGGAUGGUUCCUGUACUGAACAUUGAAGGCUUGAUCUUGUAUGGCAUUGCAUUUUUCCUUUCUUUUUACCUUCUUGAUACGGAGUCAGGAUAAUCUCUUGCUCUAAUUACCAACCUGUCGUCUAAGAUUAGAACUACAACUCCUACCUGUGAGAAAGGAGACAUAAAGGAUUAGAACUGGCUGAAAGAAAGGAGAAAGGAAGAGAUGGAGAAGGAGUGCUCAGGAGCGGAUUAGAGGUUACAGCUUUAUAAUCUUCUCUGAGCCCCAAAAAAAUUAAGUCAUGAAAGAAUGGAAACAGCCAGGCAAAGAGCUUUUUAUCUCUGCGUUUCUUUCCUCCAGAUGCUAAGAGCAGGUUUCUGCCUUCCUGCUGUUCCUGCUGAGUGCAACAUGGGGAAGGAGCAGGCCCAAAUACGUUACAAGCUUUCUGGCAUAUUUGUGGAGAGUUCUUUUCUCAGCACAGAGCUUGGCAUGAAACCUGGGCAAUUCUGCUUGCUGAUGAAUGAACUUUGGCACAAUUUUGUCCUUGUACACAUGGUUGAAUGACUGGGGAAGAGUGUUGCAGGGAAAGCUGCAAGGCAAAGAGACUGUUUUAAAUGGCAGUUGGUGCCACAAACAGGUAUUUCUCUUUAAAGAGUGUUUCAAAACACACUGCUGGGGUCUGUGAAAGAUUCCUGUAAUCUCCAGAUGAAAGGACAGAUGCCCUUUUUCUGAAGAGCUACUCAGCUUUGAUGCUGCUGAUGUGAAGCCUGCUGCUGGUGGGCUGGAAGAACCAAGGCAACUAUCACUGUGCCUCUACCAUUUUGAAAACUGGCCACCCUGUUAGCUCCUCCCACUCCCCAAGCACCAGCAACUCCUGCACAGCACACAUGAGGUUUAAAGGAAAGGUGUCAGAAAGAUCUUCCAGCUCUGCAAUGGGGGAUCUAGAAAUGAAUGAGCACUUUAAUUUCUGGAGAAGCAGAAAGCAGGAGCCCUUUGAGCUGUUUUCCAGCCUGGUCAUUCUUACCAUCUUUUAACCAGCUUGUGAAGCAGCAGAGACCCCUGCUUUCUUCUGUUGCACAACAUGGCUUUGAACUGGAAAUUCAUCUGGAGAAGGGACAGGGGUUAGCUGAUGCCAGUGACCAUUCCCUGAGUCGUGCAAAGGACACAGCUAUGCAACCCUAGGAACCAUGUGGCUCAAAACAGAGACACCCAACUGUUGGACACAGGUGCAACAUAAGUCAUGCCUCACAGGGCAAAUGGUUUGGUUUGAAUUCAACCAUAAGAUGAAAAAUGCUUCUGUGAGAAGAAAUCAGAGUCUUCAAGAGAAAUCUACACUUCCAGGAUAUCUUCUUUUUUCCCUAUUCAUACUUUAAGCUGUUGUUCAUCAAGACUUUGAGUUAAAAAACAGUCCUAUCUGUAGAUGUCCUGGUGACAGUAAAACCAAAAUGCAAUUCAUGUGCUCAGAGAAAGAGAAGAAACUGGUACAGCAGCUUUACUUUCCUGGGGAAAAGCAAAACAGAGGAACUGGAAGCCCACUUUGGAUCAUGGCCUCAGUGAGUCUGAAUUGACCUGGUGCUUUUUGCAUGGCUGAAAAUGAGAUGUUAAAUGGGUAGAGUCCUUCUGUGGCUGCAUGGGGACCAGUUUAAGUCUGGACUUUGUUGCUGAAGCAGUUAUGUGCCACUUCUGUGGAAAAUGUCUUGUCUCAUAAGGAAACCGAGAACAGAUGAGAUGUCUAGGGCAGGGCAUCUCUUGGGCUGUAGAGAAAUGAAUGACAGAAAAGUCCUGUUAUGCCUGUGACGACAAUGCGCUAGAAAGAAAAUAGCUUCUCGAAGUCAACAAAAGAAACCAGGUUUUCUCUAAGAACAGAGAGACAGCUUAAGGGAACAUUCACCACAUGAAAUCUGAUCAACAUUAAAACCUGAGAUAAAAUUAGUUUCAGGAAUGGUUCCUGCCCCUGGGGCUUGCUGUCAGAUGUUGUGAUUUUACAGUCUCAUUUUCCUAGUUUAUUAGAAUGUUUAGCUUCUUGGGAAAAUAAGAAACAAUCGCACGUGAAACUUUUCAAGGGACUGUCUUUUUUUUAAUUCUCCUUCAUGAUUUUCUGAUAUGACAGUUAAAAUUUUUGGAAAGGUUCCACUGGG